AGUCAAGACUUUCGGAGUCGACUGUAGUCUGUAGCAGUCCAGCGCCUUCUUAAAUUUGCAUCAUAACAAGCAGUGUCGCUUGAACUCCUUUAUGUCUUCCAUGAUUAGGAGCCCAGCGCCUACAUCGCGCAUCCCAUCACCGUCUCCACCAGUUAGCAACCAACAAUUCGCGAAACCGCAACCUGGUCAUCUCCGUGCCUUUGUACUCGAUUAUCUUUGUCAUAAUUGUUACACCAAGACUGCGCAGGCAUUUGCUAGGGAUACCGCCGUGAGGCACCUCGAUAAGGACGGAGACGAAAUCACGUCGCCUGACAGAAGAUUGCAAGGGACCUCAGUGGACCUAACGGAUGAAGGCCUCCGGAGAAUACGGCGUCGUGAAGAUGUACGAACAGAAAUUCUCUCGGGGCGAAUUGAUGAAGCUACUGCCCUCCUCAACGAGCACUUCCCCAUUGUUCUCGCUUCAUCGAGCGUAUCAUUCUCGGAAACGUCGUCUUCCGUCGAUUCUUCCCCUGACCGUAUAGAGUACACCUCCCGUACUGUUUUGGACCCGACACUCCUCUCACUAAACCUCCGUAUUCAUGCUUUCAUCGAAGCCUGCCGUACAAUCCCUCUUCCAUAUGUUCCGCAUCAUCGGACUAUACCCAUAGCAACACCAGAACCCCCGACGAAUCUCUCCCGUGACCCUGAUCUUAUGGCUGAUGAGCGUUAUCAGACAGAGCUAAUACUGCGUGCGCAGAAGCUCUAUGCAUUAGUGGAACUAUUACGGAAACCAGAAGACCAAGCGACGUAUUUGAAGGAACUGGAGAACGUCGGCGGGCUUCUCGCAUAUAAGGUGCCAGAGAUGAGUCCUAUGUCAAAAUAUCUCGACCAGGCAAGACGAGAACGUGUAGCAGACCAGAUAAACCGUGCAAUACUCUAUCACAGCAACUUACUAUCUGUAUCCCAUCUGGAAGUUGCCGUGCGAUAUAAUUCUUGUCUCUGGGGAGCUUUGAGCGAACUGCAUAUCAAAGUUCCCACAACCUCUAGCAGACCUGCAGGAGUUACCCUCCCACCAAAGCCUACCAGCUGGAGUGCGUCAACUUCAGGAGAGAAGAAAUCGACUAGUCCUGUUGAGUACUUGCCACCAUUUGAUCUGGGCUUAUUCCUCGAUGCCCGGGUAUGAUUUUACUUACGUUCUACUCAGGCUCCUGUACUUUCGUAUACCCACCGGCAAUCUGUACCAUUCUCUCCGAUCCAGAUCUCCGUAUAUGUGGUUCAAUUCAUGUAUAUUAUAUACGUAGAACAUCAAUGAAUGACGUCCACGUCAUCCCAUCG